CCCAAGGGGAGGGGCUGUCUGGGGUCCCCAGCGAGUACCUGUGACCAGCCUCAGCUGCCCCUCAGGCCUCUAGGACUUCCCUUCGUGGCUUUGUCAGUUUCUGGUCAAAGCCCCCGGGGCAGCUGAGCCCUGGGGCGGGGCCUGAGUGGAGGAAGAGAGUUUGAGGGGGACCAGACGUCAAAGAAGGAUCAGAGAUUCCACAAUUUCACAAAACUUUCGCAAACAGCUUUGUGUCCCAACCCCUCUGCAUUGUCCUGGACACCAACAAAUUUGCAUAAAUCCUGGGAAGUUAUUACUAAGCCUUAGUAGCCCCAGGUAAUUUCCUCCCAGGCCUUCAUGGGUUCUGUAUAAAGGUCCUCCAAGUGGGUCUCAGCCACAGCCACAGACCAGCUCCCUGUAGCUCAUGGCCCGCGCUGCUGCCCAGAGCCCCGCCAGGCUGAUGGCCCUGCUGCUGCUGCUGCUCCUGCUGCUGAGGCACAGUGCCUCUGAGGCCGUGUCCCUGGACCUCACUAGCUCCCAAUCUCUGCCUCUGCUCCGUAGCUUCUUGCUCAAGUGCUCAGAGCAGGCACGGAGGGUCCACGCUGGGGCAGUGGCCAUGCAGGAAAAGCUGUGUGCCACCCACAGACUAUGCCACCCGGAGGAGCUCACACUGCUGGGCCACUCUCUGGGCAUCCCAUGGGCUCCCCUGAGGAGCUGCUCCAGCCAGGGCCUGAAGCUGACUGGCUGUCUGCACCAGCUCCAGGCUGGGCUCUUCCUCUACCAGGGCCUCCUGCAGGCGCUGGCAGGAGUCUCCCCCCAGCUGUCCCCCACUGUGGACACACUGCAGCUGGACAUCGCUGACUUUGCCACCACCGUCCGGCAGCAGAUGGAAGAGCUGGGGGCAGCCCCGGCCGCGCAGCCUCAGCAGGGCACCGUGCCCACCUUCACUUCUGCCUUCCAGCGCCAGGCAGGAGGGGUCCUGGUGGCGUCACAGCUGCAGAGCUUCCUGGAGCUGGCCUACCGUGCCCUGCGCUACCUCCUGGGGCCAUGAGCAGCUCCCACCCUUGUAUUUAUCUGUAUUUAAUAUUUAUGUUGUAUUUAACCCUCAUAUUUAAAACCCA